GGGAGCCGGGCAGGCACACACGGGGCAACAACACCUUUCUGCAAGCGCACGACCAAGGCAGAGCAGCAAGAGGAAGAAGUCCGGAGAAGAGUGGCACAGAGUUAGGAAGAGAGGGGGGGGAAAGGACAAGAGGAAGAGAGGCAAGGAAUCACUGAGAAGAUAUGGUUCGCUCAUGUGGACAAGGGAUCCCUGCCUGGGUCUAUGUGGGCACCCUGCUCCUCUUAAUCCACUCUGUCACAGUUAGAGGAGCUGCCCUGAAGCAGGAGGUGGCAUUGGACAAUGGGGCCACUGUGCUGAAUCACUCCAUGAGUUUGGUGCAGCGUAUAGAGGCCCUGCUGGCCCUGGGGAACAGCAGUGAUGUCACUCUCCGUUUGCAGACCAUCAGCACGGACGAGGUGAAGGUGAUCCAGGCCCACAGCCUGGUCCUCACGCUGCAGAGUGACGUGUUUGAGGAACUGCUGCUCAGUCGCAACGGCAGCGUUGUGGUUUUGAGGGAGACGCCCGACUGCGCAGCCGUCAUGGACAAGUUUGUCAGGUAUCUGUACUGCGGUGACAUCUCAGUACGGCUAGAUCAGGCCAUUUCUCUGCAUAAGCUGGCCAGCAAGUAUCAUGUGUGGGGUUUGCAACAAGGUCUGACCCAGUAUAUGACCCAACAUCUGUCUAGUGAUUCACCCACCGGCCAUGUGAUUGGCUGGUACAACUAUGCGUUACAAAUUGGGGACAUGGGCCUGCGGGACAGCUGCCUGCAGUACCUGUCCUGGAACCUGUCUUCUGUGGUGCAGAGCGAAGAAUGGGGCUCCAUCAGUGAGGUCCUGCUCCUCUCCUUGCUCAAGCGCUCUGACCUUAUUCUGCAGAGUGAGCUGGAGCUCUUCGAGGCCCUGGAGGCCUGGAUUAGCCAGAACCAGCCCGCCAGUUCGACGGUCGAAAGCGCCCUAAGGGCUGUUCGAUAUGGCAUGAUUCCCCCUCAGCACCUCUUCCGUCUUCAGAAGCAAUCCCCCCUCCUGCAGAAGCAUUACGAGUCUAUCCGUGAUCUACUCUACCUAGCUUUCCAAUUUCACUCAGCCUCACCUAUACAACUGGCCAAGUACUUUGAUGUCAACUGCAGUAUUUUCACUCCCCGUAACUAUCUGUCCACCUCCUGGGGUUCCCCUUGGGUCAUCAAUAACCCCACCCGUGAUGACCGUAGUUUCAGCUUCCAGACCCAGCUCGGGCCCAGCGGCCAUGACUCCAGUAAGAGGGUGACCUGGAAUGCCCUUUUCUCCCCUCGCUGGCUCCCCCUCAGCGCUAGGUCAACCUAUACCGAGCUGGGUGCCAUGCAGCCUACACGCACAGAUGGAGGUCGACCCCGCAUCAUUGUAACACCAGCCACCUCUAGUCCAGACUUUGCCGGUGUGAGUUUCCAGAAGACGGUGAUCGUGAUGGCAAGACAGCAAGGAAAAGUGGUGGUUCGCCACGUCUACAACUUCCACCAAAGCACAGAGGAGGCCGGGGAUUUCCUGGUGGAUGCCGACCUGCAGCGCCGUGCAUCAGAGUACCUGAUUGACAGCUCCCUCUAUCUGCACAUUGUAAUAAAACCUCUCUACCACACUCUCAUUGUUGCCAGGAAGUAAAAGGCAGAAAUUUGGUGUGGCCUUAUCAUCAGCUAUACACCCUCCACGCACACAAUCACAUGCAUAUUCCAAAGUUAACUCGUCUCAUAGCACGUUUAUGCAUCCAGUCUGUGACAUCUCUAUUUAGUUAGGAGCUGUUUGCAACAAUGAAAGACUCGCAAUUUAAUGGCUCAGCAGUGACUAUCACAAUGAUGAUGGUUGGUUUUCGAGUAUUUCAUGCAUACUAAGAAAAAAAGAAGAAAAAAAACAACUUUAUUGUACUGUAUUUGUUCAGGUAUUCUGUAGUCCAGCAGUUUGUUCCUUGAAUGUAUUGUGAUGGUUGUUGUUGUUUGCAUAGGUACUAUAGGGGUUUGUUGUUAUGAUUUUUAUGCAUUUCACUAUCCAGCAGUCAAAUAUAGAUUUUUAGUUCAUGACACCUAUAUCCUGUGACAUACACCGAUAUACUUGUUUGUUGUUUACAUACCAAAAAUGCAUAAAUUGAAGUGCAAUCCCAUUGUCAGUGUUCCUUUGUAUGCUGUCGCUGAAUUGCAAGACAGUGAGUCCUUUAGUAUUUUUUUUUCUUAUUUAUCGUUGUACAUGCGUUUUAUUUAGCUUUAAAAUAAACUACCCAAGUAUGUGAUUUUCAUCCUUAUACAAAAAAAAGAUUAAUAAAAGACAAAAAC